CGAAACCAAUUGGCCUUUUGGCUAAGAUCAGGGCCGAGGUCCCACUAGCAAAGAGGAUUGGAUCGAAUGCCUGAAUCUGGAUCUGUUUUAUGCAGAGAUGCAGAAAAGCAGUUCAAUCUCGAUUUCCUGCACCUGUUUACAAACACGUCCAGAUUCAGAGCACUACAAGAGGAUACUCGACAAAUUCGGCUCGAACUCAUCAAUCGGGAGGAAAGCUACAACAAGAUGUUUGCUGCCAACCCUGUUGUUCAGCAGGGAUUGGCAGAUUGGUUGAAGCCUAAGAACAAGGAAAAUCAUACGAGAGGGAAGUCCUCAUCGGCAUCACAGAGCAGUCAGAAGUCUGCGCCAGCACCGGGUAGGCGUUUGGGUGACCUGCGCUGACAGCAGGGCAAUCUGUUCCCAAUUACAACAGCAAAUCAUCAAGAAGGAGGGUGUUGAGAUUCAAUACCAAGUCGAGCGCUGAUGAUGAUCAACAGCUUAAACCACCAGUAUCGCGGUCAUAUAUUGGCCGGGGGAAAAUAUCAACUUAAGCAGAAUCAGAUGAAUUUGGUCGCUUCUUUCGAGGCCCAUUUAUCCGAGCGCGGCUGGGUGGUGUAUGCGCCGCAACUUUGGGGGGUACUGGUGGUUUAAUCACAUGUGCUCAUAUCCCAGUGCAAUAUGUGUAUCCAAUUAUCAGCCAAUCACUGCAAGCUGGCAAUCAAGACACCACUAGAGU